CGCUGUGAGAAGAGGUCACGUGACUCCUGCUGGGGCGCGUGGUCACAUGAGCAGUAAAUUAAAGAGUUUUUCAGACAGUCGCAAGAAACGCGGUCAUGUUUCGCUGUCUGGUGUUUGUCCUGUUCGUGUGUGUGACCUCAGCUGCGGACACACACCUGCUGUCUGCUGUAGUUAACCAGCAGACCGGAAAACUGCAGUUAAAGGAGGGCAUUCAGACAGAUUAUGUCGCAUUCGCCAACUUCACAGAUGACAUUGUUAAGACGGGGUGGUCAUACCUGGAGGUUGUUACAAAUGGGAAGUACAACGAUAUGAUGCAAGCUUAUAGUGCUGGAGUUGUGGAGGGAGCAAUCACUUCACAGCUCAUCUAUAAGCACUGGAUUAAUACGCUGAUGGGAUAUUGUGAAUCAGAUGACCUGGGCUACUGUAAACGUCUGAAAGAAUACAUUACCACUAAUCUACAGUGGGUGAAAGAGCAAAUUGAGAUGGCUGCAGAGUCGCCUUACUGGCAUCAGGUCCAUUUGUCUCUGAUGCAGCUGAAAGGUUUGGAAGAUGGUUAUAGUGGACAGUGGACAUUUCCAGACACAGAGCUCUACUUUAACCCUUUAGGAUUUCUACUUUUCCAGAUGGUUGGAGACUUGGAGGAUUUGGAGGCUGCACUGAACAAAUCCAGUCAAUCACACACAGUGGGAUCCGGAUCCUGCUCUGCUCUAAUCAAACUCCUGCCGGGUAACAAAGAGCUUCUUGUCUCGCAUGACACAUGGAACAACUAUCAGUCAAUGCUGAGGAUCAUGAAGAAAUAUGUUUUUUCAUUCCGUACAUCUUUGACAGAUCAUACGUUGAUUCCUGGGAGUACUCAGGCUUUCUCCUCUUACCCCGGCUCCAUCUUUUCAGGAGAUGAUUUCUACAUUCUCAGCAGUGGUCUGGUUACACUGGAAACUACAAUCGGCAACAGUAACUCUGACUUGUGGAAGUUUGUGAAGCCUCAAGCCUCUGUCUUGGAGUGGCUGAGGAACAUUGUGGCGAACAGACUAGCUCGAUCUGGGAAAGAGUGGGCCGACAUUUUCAGUCAAUACAACAGUGGAACGCACAACAACCAGUGGAUGAUAGUUGACUAUAAGGGUUUCAAUCCAGGCGGACCCAAUCUGAACAAAGGCUUGUUAACUGUGCUUGAGCAAAUACCAGGGAUGAUCCAAACUGCAGACAAAACUGAAGAACUCUAUAACACCAGUUACUGGGCCAGCUACAAUAUUGCGUAUUUUGAUGAGGUGUUUAAUGCGAGUGGUGGUCCAGAUCUGGUGAAGAAGUAUGGCUCAUGGUUCUCCUUCAGUGACAAUCCAAGAGCUCAGAUGUUCCGCCGCAACCAGUCCCUCGUUACUGACAUGGAGUCCAUGAUGCGCCUAAUGAGGUACAAUAACUUUAAGAAUGACCCUUUGUCAAAGUGUGAUGGCUGUAUUCCAGCCCAAAAUGGCGAGAAUGCAAUCUCUGCACGAUCUGAUCUGAACCCAGCUAAUGGCACAUACCCUUUUGGAGUUCUUGGACAGCGGCCUCAUGGUGGAAUAGACAUGAAGAUGACAUCCUAUGGUUUAUUCAGGCAGUAUGAGAUGUUGGCAGUUAGUGGUCCAACAUGUGACCAGGUGCCUGUUUUUGAAUGGAGCACAUCUCCUUACAGCAGUUUAAUGCACACGGGUCACCCAGACCGCUGGGAUUUCCCUACUGUUCAUGUCAAAUGGUCUGAAUAAAAGAUAUAUUGUAUGUCAUGCUGUAUAUCAUCAGCCAACCUCAGGUUUGUUUGUAUAUUUUUCACUUAUAAGGAAGUCAUUAUUUCCCCACACACCUCUUUUAGGUUCUGUGAUGAUCAGUGUCAUCAUCAAAUGAUGAACUUCAAAUUUAUGACCAAAAGUUUUAUAUUUACGUGUUCAGUUCAGUUACUGGAAUUCAGUAACUUUUUAUUCUGACAAUGCUUUGUUCAGACUGAAAUAUAAACUGUUUCUAAACUGUACUAGCUUCAACUGUACAGGUUUCAAUUGGAGAUUUAUAAAAAACUCGUUCAAAGGAAAAGUUUUAUUUGCACACUGUGAUCUGUGGAGUAUCUUAAUGCUUGAUUUUAAGUUUACUGUCUUUGAAAUGUAUCUAAUCUUGAAUAAAAAGCAUACACUCUUGUUUAAACAAUCAA